GAUAACCAAUGUAUGUCUUAAAAUUGGUAUCUAUUUUACUGUUGUCUUAAAGGUGUCUUUUUUAUGAUAUCUUAACAAAGAAAAAGACUGUUAUCUGAAAGUUAUCAUAUUAGUUGAUCUGAUAGAUAUCUAUUUUAAGACAUCAGAAAGUUAUCAAUUUCUUGUUAUCUAAAAUAUCUCUAUGAAAGUUGUCCAGAAGAUAUCUUUCGAUUGUAUUGCAAUCCGACAUCCGAAAGAUGUCACCAGUUAGAUCUCAUAACGGCCGCGUUCAGCAGAGUGAAACGCCGGCGUGGCUCUCAGGUUUAUCUCUGAGAGAGAUUAUUAGAGAACAUUGAUAAUACAUACGUAAGUAUAGAUUAUCAAUUUAUUAUCAUUUGCAUUUUUAAUAUAUACUAUAAUACAAAAAUUCAUACAGCAUGUACUUGUACUUUUUAGGUUAUAUUGAAACAUUUGCUGUACAUUAUAUAUUAUAUGUGCUCUGGAACUGUUGAGUUAUUUCGAGACACUUCUGGCAGAGAACGAGGAAUGUCGGCAGUGCUUUCGACAAUUUCGCAGCUUGUGCACGACCCUUUUAGUGCCGAUGGAGGGUAUUGUCGGCGACAGUGCCAAAAGUAUACAAAGUAUUGUCGACCGCGACACGAACGUUGCGCGGAAAUACGGAUACGCGGGAGGUCUUCGAUGGAAUGCGAUCAGCGCCGCGGAGAUAUUCGAGUCUGUGCUCGCUUACUGGGAAAAGCGCGUGGACAGUUGGACACCGACAAGAGCACGCUCGAGCGUUUGCUCGACACUGGCGUCUUGCUGGAACUAAUGAAUUUGUACACAUGAACAGAGAUGAAUUUUACUCCACGCACGUGUCGGUCAAGUGCAAGUCGUGCCUGGACAAACUCUGUACAGUUAAGAGGGACUUGUACAACGCCGUGGUGAUGAAAUGCAGAUUCGUUAGUCUAUGUAAGUUUCCCGUUAAAGCUCUGCCGGCGAAAGCGUGCGCUGUUACUAGGAAAAUUAUGAAGCGGAAUGUCGAGUGGGUCAUUCGUGAAAUGAAGGAAUCCGAAUGUAAGCGCAGGAGACAAUCGUGGAACACGUGUCGCAAUUUAACUUACAACUUGCAUCUCUCGACUCGACGGAGUCGAACCGAGCCCUACAGAUUCUGAGAGCUUCAGGUAUCUUGAGAAUAUUAUCUCUUUCGUGCUGGACAGAUUGAGCGUUGUAUAUUACAGCAAUAAU